AGAGUUGGUCGGCGGCGGUUGGUCAUGGAAAAGUUCUGGGAUGUAGGGAUUCCUUGUUUACAUCCUCCCGGAGUACGCCGCGGGGGCGGGGUUAGCGCCGCCCUCAUUCUUUAGACCUGACGUCAUUGUCGCUUGUGUGUUUUUUUUUUUUUUUAUGAAUGAAAGAAUCCAACCUCAGAGAGAGAACAGCAGCAGCAGCAGCGGCGGCGGCGGAGUAAUUCCGGGAAAAGGCGGACUGACAUUUUGUCGCCGGAGUCGCUUCGACACAGCAGAGUGUCUAUCUGUGCCGACUGGUGCUUGGUGGAAUAAAAGACCGAAGACGGUUGGAACUUGGAUCAUGACGACAGAGAGAAGCAGCAAAGCCCUGAAGGUGAAACAGGAGUGUGGCGAGAAUGUGCCCUACCUGUCCGACAACGAGCUCAUGUCCCUCACGGUCCGGGAGCUGAACCUCCACCUGCGUGGUUUGGCCCGUGAGGAGAUCCAGAAGCUGAAGCAGCGGCGUCGCACCUUGAAGAACCGGGGCUACGCCGCCAGCUGCCGGGUCAAGCGUGUCUCGCAGCGGGAGGCGCUGGAGCAGCAGAAGAUGGAGCUCCAGCGGGAGGUGGAGAGGCUCGGCGCCGAGAACGCCGGCAUGAGGAAAGAGCUGGAGGGCCUCGGCGCACGUCUGGCAGCCCUGCAGAGAUUCGCCAGGGGUCUGGAAGCCGGCGGCGGCAACCUGCUCGCUACAGCCCCGCGCCUCAACACCGCCUCAGUCAUCACCAUAGUCAAGAGUCCACCACAGCCUCAGCCACAGAGAGAACACGAGCCGUCCUAGAAGGAGCUGCUGGAACCAGACUCAAGGGGCAGGAGGGGGGGGAGGAGGUGCACAACCUGCAAUGCAAACACACACACAGAGACACACCUACAGACACACACACACAUGCUGGAGAACAGGAAGACAAUAGGAAAAUUAGUAGGAAAAAAUCUUGUUUGCAUCACACCUCGUUCACAUUAUUAUAUGCAAGUGUCACUGAACCCUGUGUUGACAGAGCAGCGUGUCAUGUCACCGCACAAACAGCUACGCUUCGCUUCUCCAUAGUAACAGCUGAAAAAAAAAAAACCCAUCUAGGACAAGUACAAGUGUCCUUGUACUCGAAGCUAUUUUUAUAACACUGCAGCUUUGCUGACUGAAACGUACUGAAGUGUGUUUGUUUAGAGAACUCCAAAAGUUUACAGGUAUGUUAAAGAACAAGGCAGCAGGUGUAAUGUGAACGAGGCGCCGACCACUGACACUCUCUCUCUCACUCACACACACACACACACACACACUUACAUGCACAUCACCCCCCUCACCCUCAUUCCCCGAUCUGCACGGGAGGGCCACACACUGACUAACUGGACUCCGGCUGAAGCCAGACCAACAAAAAAACCAGACCCCCCCCCCCACCCCCAGAGUUACUGUACGUCACCACUGCUUCAACAAAUCCAGCCGUGACACUGGUGCUCUCUCUUUGAUUGUGCUACCAAAAGACCAGGACGUCUCUCCCCACCUCACCCCCCACCUCACCCUCCGCCCCACCACCCGCUUCAGUUUGUGACACCUGACCAACAGCGAAGUGCCAGGAGUUAGUAGAGCUGACGUGUGCACUAUGUGCUGCUUAAUUCAGCUCCACGUUCCUGGUGCAGUUGUAAGUUUAAAGUUAUUAGCUGCUCUUUUUUGGGGCCCCCCCCGAGUCAUACUUUCCGAGUUCGGCGUCUGCAGGGAAUCGCGUUCGAUUUCGUAAUAAAAUGCGUAAUAAAUUCGUAAUAAAAUGCGAUUUUUGCAUUCCAUUCCACUAGGAGGCGAUGUCUCGCCUGUAGUUUUCCUGUCAUUUGUAUUCUUUUAACUCUUAGUUGUACAUGUGUCGGUCUCCUCGUUUGACCAAAACAACGGCGAAACAGAACAAACUGGAAGUUCUCGUCCAACGUCCGCGUAGGAACUGUCUGUAUAUAAGAAAUGUGACAUGGACUUUGAAUGGAAGUCUACGGCAAAAAUGAGCCUACGUUUAACUUGAUUUACAACCUUUUCUAACAUUUUCUUGACGAGUUCACGGUCUUAAUCGCCAGUUUCAAGUCUUCUUUAAUGGCACUUUUUUCAAUGUUGUUACUGUUUAGAGGGAAGAAUGGUAAUUAUUAAUUAUUACAGCUGGUGUCGCCCGGCUCCACAGCUUAUUCUCAUCGUUGACGUCACAAUCGGUCGCCACUUUUGCGCAGAUACACGCGGACAAGGAAAGUAUGACAGGGGCUGAUAUCAACUUUGGGAGGAGGGGGGGGCGGUCAUGCGUUUUCCGUCACCCUGUAAGAAAGUGUCCAACUUUGUCACGAAUGCAGAGUUUCUCAACCUCGGUGUCACUUGACGUCCAGACAAGGAUCAUUGGGGGGGAGAUUCCCAGAGACUCUAAAUUUAAAGUCUUACAGUCUAACAAAACAAGAGUCAGCAGUGUGUCACACUCAGAUUCACCUGACCCGCAUACGGACGUUACAGUCACACACUCCAGGGACAAAAAAAGGCUUGAGAAACGCUGCAUUCAUGAAUCAUCACUUUUUGCAUUCUGUGAAAUCUCUUCUUUUGUGUUUCUCUUCCUGAUCUGUUCUCGGAGGAGAACGUCGUUUUCUACUGCUCGUGUGUACGUGUUAUCCACAUUACUGCAGUGCCUUCGGUGUGUGUGUGUGUGUCUGAGUUUCUGAAAAAUGCAAAAGCUACGCGAGGAAAACGGUGUAAAAAAACAGACUGAAAUCGCCUCUUCUUACCUGCUCAUGUCCACACGUUCACUUUCUGUCCACUACCUGUUUCACGAUGAUCCCUGAACGUCGCUGCAGUCUCUUGUGCCCCCCCAUGUUGCUCUUCUUUUUAUUUGUGUCGUCUCCCUGACAACAGAUGUUGGUCAUUUUGCCAAAAAAAGCGCGCGUCUGGUCGGUAUUACCCUCGAAAACGAAAACAAAACAACGAUGCAAAUCCUCUGCAAACAUUCCCCGCCGUGUUCUUCUUCUUCUUAUUAUUAUUAUUUGUACACAUUUGUACGUGCCGCUGAGAGACGAAAAUGUUUGAGUGACAUUUAUCAAGAGAUAUAUUCUAUAUUUUAUUUGUAUUUAAAGGUUAGAUAUUAUUGAAAGACAAGCUAACGAGUGCUGUGAUGUUCUGUCCGUUUUCUCCCCAGAAGUACUUACUUAUUACGACUAGUCUGAGGAUAUUCUCAUGUCUAAUAAUAAUUGUGUUGUGUGGCGACGG